AUGAACCAGAUCCCCGGAACAAAGACCUCCACAAAGACCUCGACCGUCAAUGGUGUGACAACCGUUGUUACCACGGUUACUGCGCCCGGCCAGCCCACACGUAUCACAACGACCACGACCACUAAGGUCCCAGCCGGUCAACAGCUCCCCGCUGCUGGCCAGCGAUUCCCUACACAGCCUGGCCAGCCCCAGCCUCAGGGACGCCCGCAGCCCCAGAAGCAGCUCGAACCAGAGCCCAAGCGCAAGAGCGGGUUCUUUUCGAAUUUGAAGAAGCAUAUCACCCGUACCGAUGAUCCCAAGAAGUCUCCUUCUCGCACCCCUUCGCCAGUUCAGCAGCAACCGCAAUACCAGCAGCAGCCUCAGCCCAACCAAAAGCCAACCCAGAACCCGAUCCCAGCUCCAGUUGCUCGCUAUCAGACCGACGAUGGCCCAGUGGAUCAGUUGGCGGAGAAGAUGCGCCAGGCCGCAUUGAACAGACCGCCAGUUGUCGAGCAUCACACAUCAUCGAGCACGACCACGACCCAGAAUGGGCGGGUUGUUAGCCAUACCGAGUCGUCAGAGGACGCCAUUGCACUUCUCAAGAAGAGUCAGCCCUACACUGCGCCUAACUUCUCGGGCCAGCGACUCGAUGUUAGUGCCAUCGACUUUUCACGCGAGGAUGCGCAUGCUCGUGCGUGCCCCGCCUCUGAGGCCGUCUCAAUCCCUCGUCUCUCCCACUACCUGACCUCGCCCUGCUCUGGCAACCAAGUCUCUCAACUCCGCUGUAUCUUCACAUGGCUCGCCAACAACAUUGCUUACGACGUGCCCAACUACCUCUCAGGAAACUAUGGUGAUCAAUCGCCUGAGGGUGUCCUUCGCACCCGCAAGGCUGUCUGCGAGGGAUACGCCAACCUGUUCGUUGCCCUGGCUGAGCCUGCAGGCCUCAAGGUCAAGAAGAUCAUUGGUGUUGCCCGAGGUGUAGAUGUCCAGGUCGGAGAUGAACGCCUGGGAAGCCCUCACGCUUGGAAUGCAGUGAAGAUCGACGGCGAAUAUCUCUUGAUCGACUCGACCUGGGGAGCGGGUGUUUGUGACCUUUCAACACGGUCCUUCCGCAAGCUGUUCAGACCCUUCUUCUUCUUGCUUCGACCCAACCGUCUGAUCUAUACCCACUGGCCCGAGGACCCCAUGAAGCAGUAUCUCGAUCCACCAAUCGAUGAGAGGGUCUUCCGCGGACUUCCUGCAGUCAAGCCCGAAUCAUGGACUUUGGGUAUCAAGCUUUCGGGUAAACACCGCGGUCAGGUUGUGCGCACUAAGAACGACUAUGUCGAGGUCGAGAUUCGUCUCAAGAAGCGACCUUCGGAUGGAGCGACCGGCAAGAUUGUCGCUCGUCUAAACUGGAAGGGUCAGGCCGUCCCCACAUCGAUCCAGUGGGUGCGCGAGGACGCCAAGUACGUGUACAUGGCGAUCAAGUGCUGGUGCCCAAGUUCAGGCUCUGGCGAGCUUGGUGUCUUUGGAUGGCCACCAGGUGGUGACCAGACCAAGAACGGACCCCAGUGCAUGAGCUUCAAGGUCAUCAACGACGGAUCUGGACGGGCGGCCAAGCCUCUGUUGCAGCAGUAUGUCGUCAAGGGCUUUGCAUUCUCGGUGCUGGAGCCCAUCACGGCACAGGUCAAGAAGAACGUGCCCCAGGUGAUCCGCGUGCGCGUCUUCGAUGUGGAGAAGGGUGUCAAGCCAGCAUUGGCACUCCAGGGUCCUGAUGGUGGCAUGCCUGAGAGGCUAUCUCAAGUCGAGCCUGGUGUGUUCGAGAUGACCAAAGUGCUGAGUGCGGGUCAGUGGAAGAUUGUCCACAUGACUUCAGAAUACGGCUUCAGCUUCGCGGCUAUCUUCGAUGCUGUAUAA